AUGAGAGCCAUCGGCUUCAUCUGUCUGGCACUGUGUCUGUUUGGCUUUUCGGUGCUGAGGCCGCCACAGCGUCGCCGGGGGGUGAACGCCAGCAAGCCGGCAUGGCAGGCUGGCGGCUUCUCAUGGCGGUGGUUCAUCGACCUCGCCGCCUUCCGCGAGCGACCCUACCUGGUCUACUGCGUCGCCAUCUUCUUCAACAACCUCACUUUCUUUAUCCCGAGCUACUACGUGCAGACGUAUGCAACGGCGCACGGGAUGCGCACCGCCUCGCUAGCCGUCUACCUCAUCUCCAUCAUGAAUGCUGCGACCAUCCCGGGCCGCGUCCUCCCCUCUCUCGUGGCCGACCGCUUCGGCGCCAUCGACACCUACGUCGCCGUCUGCGGUCUCAGCAGCGCCGCCAUCUUCUACUGGACCAGCGUGCAAAACGCUGCGGGGAACAUCGCCUUCGCCGUCCUGUGGGGGUUCUUCUCCGGCGCCGUCGUCGCCCUCGCCAACGUCGUCCUCACCGGCAUCACACCCGAUCUGACCCGCUUGGGUACCCGCAUCGGCAUGGCCUCCAUCCUCAAGGGCGUCGGGUCACUCAUCGGCCCGCCGAUCUCGGGCGCGAUAUUCGGCGCCACCGGGGGCUACCUUGGCGUGCAGCUGUUUGCUGCGUUUGGCAUGAUGUUGACUUCGAUUCUGAUUCUGUCACUUCGUCUGGUCAUCGCUCGGAACGAGCUACGACGACAGAGGGGUGGCUAG